UCUACUCACCCUACGCCAAGGAAGUAGUAGCAGAAACACCCAUUUCUCUCGUGGGCCUUUCUUCAACUUUAUAUUAUAACAUAACACUACACUUCCUAUUGCCUCUCAUUUCCAAAAUUUUGAUUCACCAAACUCUAUCCUCUCUUCUCUUCUCUUCUUCAUCUUCCAAUAAUGUCAACAACAACAACAACAGAUCAACAAUCUCAAAGUUCUGAACCACCAUCAUCAUCACUACAUCAGAAUAAUUUCAAUUCUUCUGCCAAUACCAACCAAUCCAAGCAGCACCCCAACAAACGCGUUCGAACCGAUUCCACCAAGCACCCAAUGUACCGCGGCGUAAGAAUGCGCGCUUGGGGCAAAUGGGUGUCUGAAAUCCGCGAGCCACGCAAGAAAUCCCGCAUUUGGCUCGGAACUUUCCCCACCCCUGAAAUGGCCGCUCGAGCCCACGACGUUGCUGCUUUGUCCAUCAAAGGUAAUUCCGCCAUUCUCAACUUCCCUCAACUCGCUCAUUCCCUUCCUCGCCCUGUCUCCUUCGCCCCUCGCGACGUUCAAGCCGCCGCCGCUAAAGCCGCCUACAUGGACGACCCUAAUUUCCACUUUUCUCCUUCCCCUGUUUCCACUUCUUUAUCUCCCUCCCCUUCCUCCGCCGCCGACGACGACGACUCCGACGAACUCACCGAGAUCGUCAAACUCCCCACUCUCGCUUCCAACUACGAUCACGAGUUCGUUCUAAUGGACUCGAUGGAAGGAUGGGUUUAUCCACCGCCCUGGUUACGAACCAUGGAGGAUUGCGGCUACACUAAUAGCAACAACAUUGUUGAUAAUUUUGGAAUUGGGGAUAGUAAUUCCUUGUGGGAUUAUGAAUUUUAAUUAUUUUUUUUCAAAGACAUUGUAAAUCCUCUUUAUUUUGGUUUAAUUUAUGUGGUUUUUUGUAAUUAGAUUGCGAGGUGUUUAAUUUAUCUUAACCAAUUUGUUUUUGUUUAUUAGUAAUUGGAUUUGGUUGAAGUGUGUUGAAAUAUCUCGUGUAAAUCUCUUUUCAUUAAUGCACUUAACUGCCUUGUGGUCCU